AAUGGUUCUUUCACUGAUUCCAAAACAACUAAGAAGCCUUCACAAGACAAGUUUUAGAAUACAUUUGGCAUUAUUUCCUAAUAGAAACCAUAUUUUCAUUAGAAAUUGUUCUAAUCAAAGUCAAGAUGGUCCUCUCAAAGGUGUCAGAGUACUUGACUUGUCAAGAGUAUUAGCAGGCCCUUUCUGUACUAUGCAAUUAGGAGACUUAGGUGCAGAAGUUAUCAAGAUUGAAAGACCAAAAACAGGAGACGAUACGAGAAGUUGGGGUCCUCCAUUUGCUCCUGGAGGUGAAUCCGCGUAUUUGUUGUGUGUGAAUAGAAACAAACGAAGCGUAGCAAUAGAUUUUUCGAAACCAUCUGGAGCUGAAUUGAUUAAAAAGUUGGCAGCUCAAUCGGAUGUACUUGUGGAGAAUUUUUUGCCGGGAAAGUUAGCACAAUAUGGUUUGGGAUAUGAAGACUUACAAAAAAUCAAUCCUCGGCUUAUUUACUGCUCAUUAACUGGCUUUGGUCAAACGGGACCAUAUGCUCAACGUGCUGGUUAUGAUGUUAUCGUUUCUGCCAUAGGAGGUUUGAUGGGUAUUACAGGUCCUGAAAACGGAGAGCCUUGUAAGGUUGGAGUAGCCAUAACAGAUUUAGCUACUGGAAUGUUUGCUUGUACGUCAAUUGUUUCUGCUUUGUUGGCAAGAGAGAGAAUUGGCAUAGGACAGCAUGUAGAAACUUCUCUACUAGAAGCUCAAGUUGCUCUCCUUGCGAAUAUUGCGAGUAACUAUUUAAUUGGUGGAAAGACUGGUAAACGUUGGGGUACAGCACACGAGUCCAUAGUCCCCUAUCAAGGUUUUCGUACAAAAGAUGGUUAUCUGAUUAUUGGAGCACUCAAUAACUCCCAGUUUCAAACGCUCUGUAAAACACUCGGUUUAGAGAAUUUGAUACGAGACGAUAAAUUUGCAAAGAAUGCCAAAAGAGUUGAAAAUCGACAGCAGCUUAUAGAAAUAUUACAAGAAACGUUUCAGAAAAAGACUACUGAUGAGUGGUUAAAAGAACUUGAUGGAGUUAAUCUGCCUUAUGGGCCUAUCAAUACCAUUGAUCAAGUCUUUCGUGAUCCACAAGUCAUUCAUCGUGAAAUGAUUCAACAAAUACAUCAUCCUUCAGCAGGUGAUAUCCGACUAACUGGUUUUGCAGCAAAAUAUAGCCGCACGAAGCCUUCUAUUCGAUUGCCGCCUCCUCUCUUAGGUCAACAUACUCAAGAAGUUUUGAAGAAUUGGUUAACAAUCGAAGAAUUGAAUCAAUUAGAAAAAGAAGGAAUUAUUCAAAGUAAAAGUUGAUGUUGUCUCGUUGUUGGAAAUAUGUUUGUAGAAGAGAGAGCGCUAGUUUAGUUCACUCCGUU